CGCCUCGCAAGACAGACAGAAAUCGAGUUUUACAAGACUUCAGUGUUCAGUUAAGGACUGAUCUUUUUUAAAUGUGACACAGCUUCAGCAAACAUUUAGUGAGUCUGUUUAACGGGAAGUAACAUCGUGACAUGUGGACAUGCAAAUCAGACAUCUGGAACAAGAACGAGCUCGGCAUUGGACGCUUUUGUAAUCUGGAGUAUUGACCAAUUUCACUAUUUUUGCUAGUAAUAGCUGUCAUUAGUAGCAAUGCUAAACUACAACAGCGUUAAAUAGUUUUUUUCUAGAGACAGCAUUUGCUCACUUCAGCUGGUUAGACCGACAGGUAACUUAGUCGUUAAGAUACCUGAGCUGUCAUGGCCGUGGAGGAGAAACCUGCCUCAGGUGCGCGCUCCGGAAAAAUAAAUGUAGGCAGACACCUCAUAAAGUUUGGGCUCAAUCCUGCAGCUCUGGCGUAUGCCAUGACUACACUGGGAUCUAGCAUGAUAAACAACAUAUUCAGCUUCUACUAUGUUAAACUCUUUCUCAAUAAGUACAAGAUAUCAGAGGGAGCUUUCCACCAAUCACAGGUGGUGUACAUGGUGUGGAAUGCGGUCAAUGACCCUCUCUUUGGCUACAUGCAAGAUAAUUCCAGGGUGCCCUGCUGCUCUCAGCGGCGGCUCUCAAUCCUGUAUGGUGCUCCCCUCUAUUCGCUGACUUUUCUUCUAGCCUGGUUCCCUUGGCAGGCCUACGCCCCCGGUGACUGGUUGAGCGGCUUACACUUGAUGGUGGCGCUGUGUGCUUUUGACGGCUUGCUGACUUUUGUGCUGCUGGCACAAUGUGCGUUGUUUGCAGAGAUUUCAGGCCACCAUCAGAGCCGACUGAGACUUGUAAAGUACAGCCAGGUGGCUUCUCUCAUUGGCUCCUCCAGUGUCCUGUUCUGCGGUGUGCUGACCAAAAACAUGGAGGACUUUGCGGCCUUCCAAGCCUUCACAGUCCUGAUUGCCAUCCUGAGCUGCGGCUGCAUGCUCUAUACGGGGUUCCACAGUGAGAGCCGCUUUGAUAACAAAGGAACUGAAUUGGAUGCACUGUACUCUGUUGACCAGACUCCCCAUCAAUCAGGAUUUUCCUUCUCCGUUUUAAGAACAUUGACGUGGCAAAUCCUGACCAACAGGGACUUCCAGCAAUUUGUGCUCAUGAACUUCUUCCAGGUUUUCAUGUUAGCUUUCUUUAAUAAUUUUACAAUGAUAUUUGCUGAGCACCUGAUUCCUCCAGAUGUGCUUCCAUCACUGGCCAAGAGCAUCAUGUAUGGUGCAGGAUUCAUCUGUCCACAGCUGUUAGUUUUGAGCUCUGAGAGUCUUCUCCGUGGUUUUGGCUACUACAGGAUUAUCCUCUACACCUUCUAUGUGGAGGCUGCAUUAGCGGCCAUCAUGCUAGCACUCGGUCCCCAGCACUACUAUAUCCUGGCAUUUUUCCUCACCAUUAACAUGAUCACAAUCCAAGCAUCCUUCAGUCUUUUUGGCUUGCCGUUGGCUGACAUCAUCGACACAGACCUGCAGAAGUACAAGCGCAGCUCCCCCCUCUCCUCCAUGGUGUUUGGGACGAAUGCUCUGUUCACCAAGCCGGCUCAGUCUCUGGCCCCUAUGAUAGUGCUUAAUAUCCUAAACCAGUUUGGAUAUGAGCAGCUGAAGGACGCAGCAGGGGACUCAAAUCCAAGCGCCUUCAAGAGCCUCCACAGUGUCAUGUUCUACUUGGUGUGUCUGGUGCCCAUGUUUGUCGCUGCUCUGCAAGCCCUGGCUUGGAGGCCAUUUUCCAUACGCAACAGUCACACGGUUGACACAAAGUACAUUGACAGCUAACUUCAGUAUUGUCAUCAAUCACUUCUUCUGUUGGUAUUUGGGAAAAUUGAUAAUUAAGAGAUCACAUUGAAAGUAAUGUGUAAAUGACUAAUGUAUUUGAGAGAUGCCAGGGUUACAGUCAUGCAGUUUAUAUACUAAAUAUAUAUACUAACUGCAAAUCUAUGCUGAACGAAUGUAAAUCAUCUUGCCGUGCUGACAGGUGACACCAAGUAGAUAACUGUUUAGAGAUAGUUUAGAGAGAAAUAAUAAUCUAUCUCUCUAUCGAGAGACGUUACUUUCUUAGUGACUCCUAUCGCCUGCAAUCAGAGUUUGCCUGCAGGUAUGGAAUUAAAGCGAGCUUUGAGUUAUUGACGACCUUUAGUUUGACUGAUCACAUAUCACUUUUGAAGGUUGUUUUUUUCCCCCCAACUACUUUAUCUGUAGGCCAAGUGAGAGUCCAUAACUAGUCCCCUACGAGGGUCAUCCAAAGCAGAGAUCAUGAUAAUUUAUUUCUUCCUUGACGAGAUUGGCUGUGCUCCGCAAAAAAUGGACUAAUUCUUCAGACGCAUGUGAAAAAUACUGUUUAGUUCUAAAUAGAGGAAAUGUAAAUAUCUAAACUUUGGAGCUGAAUGUAAAUUGGAAAACUGCUACAAAAAUUGGCAGAAAUAGUUAAGCGUGUCAUCUGAAACAGAAGGGAUACAUACUAGCAGUGUGAAUUAGGCGUGGGUGUCAAUGAACGAAAACAGCAACGUCCAAAAAUAUAAUUCCAAAGCAGCGUUCAGUAGACUACCGCCUACCUCCUAUUUAGAGCACACAUUACCUCAACGUAUGGUAUAAGAUAGGUACAAAAAUGUGAAGAAUAUUAUUUUUUAUUUUUUUUCAGUCACCUUGAUUUUGAUUGUAUGAUUGUAUUUUAACUGUAAAACCCACAAAAAGGGGUUGAAACUCGUGAGUAUGGUGUUUGUUUUCGAUGAGUAAAUCAUAUCAUCCUGCAAAUUGGCCCCAAGGUUGAAUGAGCGGCACGUAAUUUUAAUCUAAUUUCAUUAUUUAAAUAAAUAAUAGCCUCACCUUCAUUUUACCUGAAGAAUCAAGGCGAAAACACAUCACAAGCUCUUUAAUUUGAUUUGAUUUCACUUUAUUAUCAGAAUGCUCUUCUGAAAUGUGUCUUGUGUCCCAAGAGGUAUACUGUUUCACAUACAUAACAAACCACAAUAUUACAACAAACAACAAAACAAAUUUUUACAUCAGACAUUACGAAUAAGUGGCUGCAGUGCAGUAAAUACCGUCAUCUUGGCCAUAAACAUGGGCAAAAUUACAAAUUGCGGCUUUAACUCCAGCCGUGCUCCAGAGCACAGUGGAGAGUAAUGGAGAAGCUGACUCCAGAAGUUCAUAUCGCAGCUUUCAAUGUAAGAAAUGCACAUCCGCUUUGACUUAGAAGUAACAAAUAUCUAUGGAAGUCAGUGCACAGAAUAAGACACAGCAAGAUGCCUCACAAACAUAUCAGGUGGUCACAAAUUGCCUUACUGUACUUUUAUUGUAAAUUGAUGAUUUUUCAGAGAAAAGGCAACUCCAACACCAAAAAAACAUCUUUCUUAUGUACUGUAGUAUGUAAUAUCUUUGCCUUUUUGUGUCAUUACGUUGUUUAUAAUUAAAAACUUCAAAUUAAAUCAGAAUGUUUUGGUUUCCAAAGUUUUUGAGUGAAAGUGCAUUUGUAAACAACUAAGCCCAGAAUGAUAUAUAUAUAUAUAUAUAUAUAUAUAUAUAUAUAUAUAU